AUGACUGUUCCUGAGGGCAUGCAAGCCUCUGCAAGCGAGGUUCAUACAUAUGACUACCGAGACUCAGUGCGCUACUGGAAUAUCGUCACUCAAACGACAUGCCUGGUUAUAAGUACAGUUCUUGUCUGGAUGCGGAUUUAUUCGAAAUUACUCAUCACCAAAGCACCGGGAUGGGAGGACUUGUGCUGCGUUCUAGCCUGGCUGGGACUGGUAGCAUACGUGGUGAUCGCGUUCGAGGCUGACAGAUACGGCAAUGGAAUCCAUAUAUGGGAAGUGGAUGAAUCUGAUCUGCGGAAAUAUAGCAAGGUAAGCGAGCGCCCUGAAUCGCGGGAUAGUGUCUUCACUGAUGAGCUUCAGUUGGCAAAUACGUCGCAGAUUGUCUAUGGGCCUCUGAUCUUCAUCACCAAGCUAUCAAUUCUUCUGCUUUACUCACGUGUAUUUGCUCCCUCCUUCAGAAGCAAGACCUUCUUUUGCAUCCAAGCUCUUAUCUGGCUCAACUUGGGUUUCUACUUUGCAGACACGAUCGUGAAGAUAUUCGAAUGCUCGCCUAGAGCGAAGAUCUGGGAUAAGGACCUCAAAGGGCAUUGUCUCAAUAUCAAUAUCCCCAUCAUUGUGACUUCCUCAAUCAAUGUGGCGUCAGACUUUCUGAUACUAGUUCUGCCUAUUGUGAGUGUGUGGCGCUUGCAGAUGAGAAACUCCAAGAAAUGGGCCACAUCCGCGAUCUUCGCUGCCGGCAUCUUUAUCAUGCGCCUUGUGGCCAGUGUACGGAACAGAAACGUCAAGGACAAGACCUACGACUGGUUCCCCGAGUUCUUAUGGACGCACUUCUUCAAGCGAGCACGUACCCUGAUCUUGAGUGCAAGCACCAGCCAUUCGUCCCACUCGGCGAAGAAAGCGAUAGAAAUAAUCAAUUGGCCCGUCAGCCGGACUCGUCAAAGGAAACAAUCGAGCGGGAGCCUUAGCAUGACCGAGCUCUGCCAGAGCACCAACUGGGAGCUGGAUGAUAUUGAGCAACAGCCCGAGGGACACACACGACGUAUCUUCUCAGGCACCAGUGGCACAACUGCUGGGGCCCAGAUGGCCCUAACCGCUCGCCUACGCACCAACGCGGGCGGCCAACCAAAACUUUGCAAACUCCAUCGCGAUUCUAUCCGCACCGACGACCGUCGACUCGACAACUUUCCUUCCAGCAACCACCGUCGUCGCCAAACCCCAGUCACAACCGUCGAGAUGGCGCAGGAACGUUCCGGAAUCGUGGUCGGUCUGAACAAGGGCCACAAAACCACCCCUCUCAACACCCCCAAGACCCGGAUCAGCCGCACCAAGGGCCAGUCUUCCCGCCGCACUGCCUUCGUCCGUGACAUCGCCCGUGAGGUUGUCGGUCUUGCCCCUUAUGAGCGUCGUAUCAUCGAACUCCUGAGAAACACUCAGGACAAGAGAGCUCGUAAGCUCGCCAAGAAGAGGCUCGGUACCUUCUCCCGUGGCAAGAGAAAGGUUGAGGACAUGCAGAGAGUCAUCGCCGAGUCCAGACGUGUGGCUGGUCACUAA